AUGACCUGCUGUGAGGGAUGGACAUCCUGCAAUGGGUUCAGCCUGCUGCUUCUGCUUCUGGCCGGGGUAGUUCUCAAUGCCAUACCUCUCAUUGUCAACGUAAUUGAUGAGGAUGUACCCUUUCAGAACCCCAUCUCUUGCUAUGAAUGGUGGCUCCCAGGAAUUAUAGGAGCAGGUUUGAUGGCCAUUCCAGCAACAACAAUGUCCUUGUCAGCAAGAAAGAGAGGAUGCUGCAACAACAAAACAGGGAUGUUUCUUUCGUCCCUCACCAACGCCCUCACCAUCAUCGGAGCUGCAUACUGCUUGACCGUGUCUGUCCAGGCGCUUAUGGUAGGACCUCUCAUUUGUAACCCUCAAGUCAACGGCACGGUCAAUUGCCAAUUUUCACUGAAAAGUUUAAGUGACAUUGAUGAUGAUGACUCCUUGGAUUGGUUUCUGAGCGACUCUUGUAUAUCUUCCAAGGCUCCUGGUAACUCCACCGCUGGUACUACAACCAAUAGCUGGAAACCACCUAACCUGGACAUCAGUUCGAAAGAAAACAAAUACAGGACCAUCCACUUCUCAGUGUUUCUAGGCCUGCUACUUGUUGGGAUUCUGGAAUUGCUAGUUGCACUCAGUCAAAUAGUCAUUGGUUUCCUGGGCUGUCUGUGUGGUGUCUCUAAGCGGAGAAGUCGAGUUGUAUAG